UUCGCGGAACUAGCUGGCUGCCCCAGCUGCGCGCCGAGAUCGGGGCUCCGGUGGGGCAGCAGAGCUGCGCUCGCCCGCCCAAAAUGCCACCCACACCCACCUUGUUGCAGAAGCUUUUCAACAAGAAGAACGGCUUGGUUUCCCCCAGCCGGGAGCUCAAGGAGGAGUGCGUCUUCAGCUGGCCUUUGCCUGAGUAUGAUCCAAGUCAAGUUCGCUUAAUUGUAUACCAGGACUGUGAAAGAAGAGGGCGAAAUGUCUUGUUUGACUCCAGUGCAAAGAGAAGAACUGAAGACACCUCAGUUUCAAAACUCUGUAAUGACGUGCAGGUAAAAGUCUUUGGGAAAUGUUGCCAACUCAGACCUGGAGGAGAUAGUUCCUCCUCCUUGGACAGUUCAAUCAAUUCCUCCUCUUCAUCUUCUGAAACAAAAGAGCAGUGUUCAAAAUAUCAGGGCUCCCGGUGUUCUUCAGAUGCUAAUAUGCUUGGGGAGAUGAUGUUUGGUUCUGUGGCCAUGAGCUACAAAGGUUCAACCCUAAAAAUCCAUCAAAUCCGCUCACCUCCACAACUUAUGUUAAGCAAAGUUUUUACAGCUCGAACUGGAAGUAGUAUCUAUGGAAGUUUAAACACGCUUCAAGACAGCCUUGAAUUCAUUAAUCAGGACAGUAACAUGCUAAAGCCAGAUCACAGUACGAUUAUGAAUGGACUGCUUGGAAACAUAAGUUUUUCACAGCUUUGCAGCCCUAGGCGGGCAUUCUCUGAACAAGGUCCGCUCCGCCUGAUCCGGAGCGCCUCUUUCUUUGCAGUUCACAGCAAUCCUAUGGAUAUGCCUGGGAGGGAGUUGAAUGAAGACAGAGACAGCGGAAUUGCAAGAUCUGCAUCUCUUAGCAGCCUGCUUAUCACUCCGUUUCCCUCUCCGGGCUCUUCGCUAAACAGAAGCUGUGCUAGCAGUUACCAACGGCGUUGGCGACGCAGUCAGACAACCAGCUUGGAGAAUGGGGUCUUCCCUAGAUGGUCUGUAGAAGAAAGCUUUAACUUGUCAGAUGACAGCUCCAGCCCAAACCCAGGAAUUGUCAGGAAAAAGAAAAUAGCUAUUGGGGUGAUAUUCUCACUUUCAAAGGAUGAAGACGAAAACAGCAAAUUUCAUGAGUUCUUUUUCUCACACUUCCCUCUCUUUGAGAGUCACAUGAACAAAUUGAAGAGUGCAAUAGAGCAGGCUAUGAAAAUGAGCCGCCGAUCAGCUGAUGCCAGCCAGCGCAGUUUGGCAUAUAACAGGAUCGUAGAUGCCUUAAAUGAAUUCAGAACCACCAUUUGUAAUCUCUAUACCAUGCCACGGAUUGCAGAACCUGUGUGGCUUACUAUGAUGUCAGGAGCGUCUGAGAAGAACCAGCUGUGCCAUCGCUUUAUGAAGGAAUUUACUUUCUUAAUGGAACAGGCAUCCAAGAACCAAUUUUUACCAGCUCUUCUGACUGCAAUUUUGACAAACCACUUGGCCUGGGUCCCAACUGUUAUGCCAAAUGGCCAGCCACCUAUCAAAAUCUUUCUAGAAAAGCAUUCCUCACAGAGUGUGGACAUGUUGGCCAAGACUCAUCCAUACAAUCCAUUAUGGGCGCAGUUAGGAGACUUGUAUGGAGCUAUUGGAUCACCUGUGAGACUAUCAAAAGCCGUUGUGGUUGGCAAAAGGCAAGAUCUUGUGCAACGUCUGCUGUAUUUCCUCACUUACUUCAUACGAUGCUCUGAGUUGCAAGAAACUCAUCUUCUGGAAAAUGGAGAAGAUGAGGCCAUAGUGAUGCCUGGCACAGUUAUCACCACUACCUUAGAGAAAGGGGAAGUAGAGGAGUCUGAGUAUGUUCUGGUUACAAUGCACAAGAACAGAAUCAAUUUAUCCCUUAAUGAGUCUGAAGAAGCGAGAACGUCUAACUGCAGCUGUAAAUACUGCAAGUGCCCACUUAACCCUGGUCAAAAUACAGAGGAUGCUUCAGCACAGGAGAGAGAUGAUCCUCCAGAAACCCCAGAAGUAGAGAGUGAAGUUGCUUCAGGUGAAAACAGGGCAGUACCUGCAGACUUCCGAGAAAGUACCACUGAUGUGAAGCAGUGCAAAGAGAUGGCAACCUCUUGCUUUGAUAUGAAGUUAGAGAAAGUGGUCUUCACAGGGUCUGCAUCAGUUGAAACGUGCAAAUUGGCAGGGCCCAGACUAGAAUCAACGAGUGGGUCAUGGAAAGAAGAAGAAUUGAUGGAUUCUGAUAAUGAGCCUGCGGAAGUAAGGAAAUCGGCAAAGUCAGUGGUAGAGAAGAAACCACCUGAUAAAAUCUCAUCCGAUGCAAUUCCUUGCAGUACAGCUGAGGCUCAGACAAAGGUGACUUUCCUCAUUGGAGAUUCCAUGUCUCCUGAUUCAGAUAUUGAGGUCCGAAGUCAAGCAAUAGCAGAGCAAAUGGCUAGCCACAACAACCAGAUAGAGACUGAAGAAGGGGUGACUGCUGACCGGAACUGUGAAGCAAGUCAAACCCUUGAGGACCAAAAAAGAGACUUUAAUAGUUCUGAAGCAUUUCCUCGGACUACCAGUAAGCUUCAGAGUUGGAAUCCUUACAAUGAGGAGAGUGUGAGUCUGCUUGAUGAAUAUUUUACUGAGGAGAAUUCCAUUGAAACCAGGACUAUUGACGAUAUUCCAUUAAAAGCAACAACAGACAUUCUAGACCCCAGCCGUAGCUUAGAAUUUCUCCGAAAACUGUGUAUAAAGAACCACAACCCCUCCAGUGAAUUUUGUAAAUUUAUGGAAUCUGUGCGUCAAGAGACGUGCAAAAACUGCUUUGCAGAGCAGGACCAAAGAGACAAAAACUCUAUAUGUAUCCCCCAUGGGGACAGAGAGAAUGCAGAAAAAAAGGCUGACCCAGGUGUGGAUUGGGACAUUCCAAGAAAUGAGAGUUCAGAUAGUGCCCUUGGUGACAGUGAAAGCGAAGAUGCAGUUCAUGAUGCGGUCAGAACAAACAGUAACUAUUAUGGGGCAGAGCAAGAGGAGUGGGCUGAAGAAGAGGAGAUACCUUUUCCUGGGUCAAAAUUAAUUGAAGUGAACUCUGUCCAGCCCAGUAUUGCCAAUUUUGGAAGGUCCUUGCUAGGUGGCUACUGUUCAUCUUACGUACCUGACUUUGUUUUGCAAGGAGUAGGAAGUGAUGAGAAACUGAAACACUGUUUGAUGUCAGAUUUGUCGCAUGCUGUGCAGCACCCUGUUCUUGAUGAACCAAUUGCAGAAGCUGUCUGCAUUAUCGCAGACACUGAUAAAUGGACGGUGCAAGUGGCCAGUAGUCAGAGACGGACAACUGAUAAUAAACUCGGGAAAGAUGUGUUAGUUUCGAACCUUGUCUCCAACCUGCUUCAUUCCACUCUCCAGCUUUAUAAGCAUAAUUUAUCUCCAAAUUUUUGUGUCAUGCACUUGGAAGAUCGAUUGCAGGAGCUGUAUUUCAAGAGCAAAAUGUUGUCUGAAUAUCUCAAAGGCCAGAUGCGAGUCCCUGUCAAGGAGCUGGGUGUGGUACUGGGGAUUGAAUCCAGUGACCUCCCUUUACUGGCAGCUGUAGCCAGCACUCAUUCUCCAUAUGUUGCCCAGAUUCUGCUCUAAAAUACCAAAGGGCACGGACAAUAACUUCCUUUUUAUAAAACGGGAAGACAAGGAAGCAGACAUAAACCACUCUUGUCCAGGCUCCUUCGUGCCUGCAGGCAAAUGAACCGAACAGCUUGCUUUAGCUGACUUGUGUGCCUCUGCAACCGAAUCUAUAUUGUGCAAACAAAUGGAGUCUCCCCUCCCACCCCUUCUGUCUUGGCCAUUCUUUUGAAAAGAAGGAAAAAAUUAAGACCAGAGGUUCAGAUCAUUGGAGGAGAUGCUAGAGCUUGAAGGACUCCAGACGGUUUGAGCAGAACUGCAAAAAUGGAUAUAAUGCCAUGCUGUUCAAAUCUGGGAAUGCAAGGAGGAACGGCUUCCUAUGACCCUACGCAGUGCUGUUACUGUUUGUACAAGAGAGCAAGUCCAGCUGGCUUGGGAGUGACUUGGUACCAAUUGGGCGAGCAUUUAAAAUAAAUAACCAUCAAGCUACAGUUAUUUGUAGCAGCUCUGACUAUUCCUGCAUUCAAAAGCUGAAGACCUUGGGAUGGACAUUUAAAAGGGCCAGAGUACCCUACUAAUGCUCAGAAAUGUGCUUGUAGAAAUUGGUCCUUUUAAAAUGGGGGCAGUCCUGGGAGUACUAGCUAAGACAUGUUUGUCAGGUCUCCAUAAGGCUGGCUAUGUAACUGAUCCUUUGCUUUCAAUGUGGUUCUGAGGCCGAUACAGAAAACAAAACAAACAAAAAGGUUAGAAUAUCAACUGGCAUUUGUAUACAGCGUCUUGUUCGUUUUGAUUUUGAAAAAAGAAUCAUACAUUUGUGUGUCUUUAUUGUGUCCUGUUUUAGUUGCAGUUCAGAGAAAGAUAGGUACCCUCAAGUUACUUUGAAACCCCCAAGUUUUAGGUCCUUAAUAGUGCAAUCCUAUGCAGAGCCUAAGCCGAUUGAAGUCGAUCGAUUGUCAUGAUUCUGCCCUGUAGAGGCAUGCUUCCCAUUGGUUUAAGUCAGACUUAAGAAUGCCUCCAUUUCUUUGGACUGUGCCCAUUGGUUUUAUCUCAUAGUUUACCUGCUUUUUGUAGGCAGUUUCCAUGAAGAAAAUAUGUGAAUGCAUUUGCAAAAAUAACCAAGAUUGCAAUAGGUUGGAGAGUUUGAAAAAAUACCUGAUUACUCAGGUAAUUGGGGGGGGGGGUCUUUUUAAAGAAAGGCCUUUGUAAUUAGAGAAUCUGAAGCUGGCUCUGCUUUCACACCAUUACAACAGCUGCAUCAGCAUCUUUUUAGACACACUACCCACGUGAUCCUAGUCUUUCCCUCCUGACCUGUUUCUGAAGAACAGACUUAAAAAAAAAAAAGCUGUUCCAACUCACGUUCCGUAUUUCCCCCCAUGUGCCAAUCUUGGUGUUGUCAGAUUGCUGAUGAGGGACCUAUCA